UAGCUUGCGCAGCUUUACAGAUAAUACUACGCAAACAAUGUCAAUAAUAAACAUAAUUCUGCAAUAUUGACAAAAUCUCGUUGAACAGAUACAUGUUUUCAGUUCAAUAAGAUUAUGAGUUGAAAAAGUCUUGAUGAUAAAUCCAGACGCGCAACAAUGUUUAUAUCUAUCGUAAGUUGCAACAAUGUAAAUAUAAUAUUCGAAGGCAAUAACGCGAGGCGAGUAAAGCAUUAAUUGCUUACAAUACAAUACAGUUAUAAAUACACUAAGCAACUCAUAUGGUGCGAUCAGAAAAUCAGCUGCAGAUACUUUCGUUAUCGACCUACAUACAUACGCUGGCGCAGAUAUAUAUAUGCAUGGGUAAUGGAUCAGGGAUGCAUCGUUGUUUGAUACAGUGUUGUGUAGUCUGACGCGUUUUUAUUAUUGUUGCCCCGAGAAAAAGAGCGAAAAGAAGAGUGCAGCAGCAGUUACGCAGCCCUUAGUAGCACUUAUGUAAAGUCCAAUAUAGUAGUAGCAGCGGCGAGACUAUCAGAAUUGCGAUUGCGAAAUAGCUGGGUGAAAACGGUGUGUGCAUGUGCUACGGCGUGAUGUGCGAAUCAUCAACGUUACUGCUGGACUCUCGAUAUUUCCGAGAUUAUCCGUGACAACGACGGGGAACAUUGUAACAACUAUUAUUUCUAACCUCCAAGCAGCUCCGAACGUGUUUUCAUCCAUCACCCUGUUUCCAAACUUCUUCGCGGCUCUCGUAGCUGCAUUCUUCUCGUCGCGUAAGAUGGAUCUAGGUGAAACGAUUGAAGAUUCCUACAACAUAUACGCCUUCCAACGCUUCGUUUUCGUUAAACUUGACGUGCAAAGUUCAGAGAAGCCCAAGGCACGUAGUGGACACAGAGUAGUAUGCGACGAGAGGAAUCUUUACUCCUAUGGCGGUUUCAAUCCCAAUAUCGAAGCUAAUGAUCCAGAUAUGCGAAAUAAUCUUAGUUGGACCGACAGUAGGCCCUUAUUCAAAGAGCUCUGGAAAUUUAACUUUGCCACUAGGCGAUGGAAAAGAUUGCCAUGCCAAGAGAUCAUGCCUAACGAGUUGGCUUCCAAUGCAGUUGUGCUUCAAGGAGUAUUUUUGCUCAUUCAUGGUGGUACUGGAGUUCCUUUUGGUGAAAAUCGCAACAACAAUGUGUACAUAUGUAAUGUUAAUAACGGAGAGAUGCAUGUGAUACCUGCGAAUGGUGAUUAUCCAAUGCCACAAUAUGGACAAGCAGUGGUUUGUCAUGGACCAUAUUUGUAUACUGUUGGUGGUACAACAGGCUUGGAAUACACGUGUGACAUUCAUAGAUUUGACAUGAGGAGUCAAAUGUGGGAGUCUGUGUACAUAUGUAGUGGAGGAGAUCAGUGUGAGCCAAAAGGCAGAUAUAGGCAUGAACUGGCUUUUGAUGGUAAAAUUCUUUAUGUACUAGGUGGUGGCACAGGAUUUGAAGCUUUUGGUUUUAUGGAAAUACCAGCCUUUGAUACCUCACAGAGAAAAUGGAUGACAGUACGUGCUCAAGGUGAUAAAGGAAAGCAUUAUCCAGAAGCAAGAAGAUGUCACGGUUUAGUGCAAUAUACCGAUGAGAAUACAGGUGCAACUUUGGUUGUCAUAUCUGGAGGAUACAAUGGUACACAUGUUUUCAGAGAUAUAUGGAGGCUAGAUUUAUCUGUCUUACAAUGGAGGUGUUUACUACCAUGCAUGUUACCUCAGCCCACUUACUUUCAUUCUACAACACUCACUCCUGCAGGCCAGAUGUUCACAUUUGGCGGCAUAGUUCAACAUGGAAAUGAGGUGAAAAGAACAGACGAAGUUCAUUCUAUUUGGCUAACUAUACCAAAACUUUCAGAAAUUUGUUGGGAAGCACUGAAUUUCUAUUGUCCAAACUUAAAAAACAAAACAUCAGAAGAUUUGAUAGCCAUGGGGAUACCUUUAAACUUCGUUAGGAGGUUUGAAUAUGAAUCUUGAACAGUAUAGUUUUUCCAAAAGUGAUUUUUCCUAGAAUAGCUUUAUAUUUUUGGGUGCUAUCAAAUUUAAUUCUAUUGUUACCAAUCAAUAAUUGAAAAGAUAUAACUGUUAAAGAGAUGAAAAAUUUUACUUAUAUUUUUGUAUUGCUGUAACAAAUACAGAUUGUGAACGAAUAUUACAAUCAUCUCAGUGAUAUUGAGUAAGUUUGUUCUCGAAAAAUUUUUACAUUGAGAACGAAAACGGUUGUAUUGGUCACCGAAUAUAUAUUUGAAAAAAAAUCGGAUUACCGCUUUAUUCGUAUUUAUAUUUGUAAAUAUAUUAUUAUGAUAGCGAUAUAUGAUUUAUGAAUAAUUAAUAGCAAAUUUAGAGUGAAUUGUGAGAGUAUCCUUUAUUCAUAUCUUCUAUGUUUUUGCAGCUUAAAACAUUUUAUAAGUACAAAAAGCUCAUUAAUUUUAGACUUGAUUUGAAGUUUCAUUGUUUUUCAUUUCUUGAUUUUGUAUAUAUGCUACUUUUAGAAAUCAUUCAUACAUCAUGCGACGUCGUUU